GGGGAGGAUCCAUUCGCUUCAAUCUCGUAAUGCAGACUUUUCAAGCGGCAUGGAUCCGUCCAAGGGGCAUAGCAUUUGAAGAGUUACCAUUGGAACAUUUCACUCAUAUUUUCUGGAGUUACAAUUGUUGUUGUUUUAGUAGUUUUUCUUGGUAGAAACAUACGUCUCGAGCGGAUAAGCUUCAUCCUCCAUAGAAUUCUCUUCUGGUCACGCGCGGGUGCAAACAAGAAGAUAGCCUACAGUAUACAUAUUCAGUCCAAUUUAACAGGUGACUGCUCCAAAUAGUGUUUGUCAGGUUUAUUGUCACUUCUCAUCCGAUUCUGUGACAUAUGACGAUCUGCUUAGGAUAGUCCUACAAACAGUGGCGUCUGUCUUAACGUUGGGACGACUUUUUUUUAAUUAUUUUUUUUGUUAAAGUUAGCGAUCUGGGAAAACGCAUUGUUUGUGUAUGUGUGUGCAAGUAGCCUCAGCAAAUAUUGUGGCAUUUAGCUAGUAUUUGAAGCGAAGAACAGUCUGACAGUACAUUGUUAUGGAUAUUGCAACAGGUCCGGAGUCACUGGAACGCUGUUUCUUGAAGAGAAACCAAUCCAAGUACCCAAGGAUGUUAGACGGUAUAAAGACUGAAGAUCAUCCCCAUCGUCAAGCUACCCUUGGAGUCGUGCUUGGGACGGAAUGCCAUCACCAAUCUGUAUGUGAAGGAUGCCAGCGUCCAAUAUCUGACAGGUUUCUGAUGAGAGUCAACGAUUCCUCAUGGCAUGAGGAGUGUCUGCAGUGCGCUGUGUGUCAACAACCUCUAACUACCAGUUGUUAUUUCCGAGAUAGGAAACUGUACUGCAAACAUGACUACCAACAAUUGUUUGCCACCAAGUGCAGUGGAUGCCUGGAGAAGAUCGCCCCCACAGAGUUUGUGAUGCGUGCUCUGGAGUGUGUGUACCACUUAAACUGCUUCUCCUGCUGUGUGUGUGACCGGCAGCUGAGGAAAGGGGAUGAGUUUGUCCUGAAGGAGGGCCAGCUGCUGUGUAAGAGUGAUUAUGAGAAGGAGAAGGACCUGCUCAGUUCUGUCAGCCCAGACGAUUCUGACUCAGAGAAAAGUGACGAUGACGAUGUGGAUAUCAAGCAGGAGAAAGGCACGGGAGGCCAGGGGAAGGGAGAUGAUGGGAAAGACCCCAGGAGGCCCAAGCGGCCACGCACCAUUCUGACCACUCAGCAGAGACGAGCUUUCAAAGCCUCCUUCGAGGUGUCCUCCAAACCCUGCAGAAAGGUGAGGGAGACUCUGGCUGCUGAGACAGGUCUCAGUGUUCGUGUGGUACAGGUGUGGUUUCAAAACCAGAGAGCCAAGAUGAAGAAGCUGGCAAGAAGACAGCAGCAGCAACAGGAACAACAGAAUUCUCAACGGCUUGGCCAAGAGGUGAUGUCCAAUCGGAUGGAGGGCAUGAUGAACUCCUUCACGCCACUGGCCCCACCCCAGCAGCAGCUGGUUGCCAUGGAUCAGAACGGCUACAGUACGGACCCCUUCCAGCAGGGCCUCACCCCCCCACAGAUGCCCGGAGACCACAUGAACCCAUAUGGUAAUGACUCAAUUUUCCAUGAUAUAGACAGCGACACAUCUUUAACCAGCCUCAGUGACUGCUUCAUGGCAUCUUCGGAAGUGAAUAUGCAAGCACGUGUGGGACCCAUUGACCGACUCUAUUCCAUGCAGAACUCUUACUUUGCAUCAUGAAAGAACCACAUAUAGAAAUGAUGUUAUGUAAUAUAGCAGAUCAUCCACAAAAUCUGCUCCUCAACUUCCUCAACUGCCUCACAUCAAGGAGUUUCCACACUGCUAUGGACAAGACAUAAGCAACAACCUCUUCCAGUGACUCCUGGAUCAUUUGCAGACAAUGGACUCAAAGAGAGAGAAACUAGUUUCUCAACCGUGAAGAUUCCCUGGGAUGAUUCUAUUUUCUCCUCCUUUCUAGAGAUUAUUUGUAGCAUAUUUGUAUAGUACUGUCACAGAAGUAGCACAUCUUUCUUUGUCCACCUAAAGAAAUUUAAUUGAGCCACUGAUUUAAAAAAAAAACUCUUACCAAAUACUACAAGCCUACCAGUUCUCAUAAUGCAUGACUCCAUAGUUAAUCGUAUGACCAUAAAAGUGAAAAACCCUUAAAAAAAUCAUGUGAAUUUUUGAGAUGUCAGAAUGUGGUUUUGAACUCCAUGUCCUCUUUAUAAUGCGUUCAGCUUGAUCACAUUGAUAGUUCUAGCCCUAAAGAGAAGAUAUGGUGUUCAUAGUAAAUAGACAGUGUGUUCACAAGAGAGGACGUGAGUGUGUAUUUGUCCGGGCGUCGACAUAUACACCUUUUGAAAAAUAAAUAUGGAGUGUAAUGUCUGUUUAGUGUAAAUACUUUCCCAAACCGAUUGGUUGUGCAUGUAAACAUGGAAAACAUUAUAUUUAUUUAACUAUAACAUGCUCUUGAAGGUACUUGUGAAUCUGAAAAGCUUUAUUUAAAAGGAUAAUAUUUUGUUAUGUAACUAAUGAGUACCAGUGGAGGCUGCUGAGGGGAGGAAGGGUCAUAAUAAUGACUGGAAUGGAGUCAAUGGAAUGGUAUCAAAAACAUAGGGUAUCAAUGGGUUUGAUACCAUUCCAUUCACUCCAUUCCAGCCAUUAUUAGCAGCCUCCACUGGUGAGUACAUGAUUAUUAAAAUGAAUUUGUAUGCCAUUUAAUUAUGAACCAACCAUAACCCUUUUUUUCAGCCAAGCUGUAAAUGAGCAAAAUUGUGCUAUUUAUUUUGUACAGAUUUGAGACCAUGUCAAAUGUACAUUUUUAAUGUUAAGAAAUUGCUAAAUUACCAAAGUCAAUUGGUUCAUUGAAUAAACAAUAUUUCCAUCUCCUGAUAAUAGCUUAAUUCAUGCUACACUAAAACAUUGUUGUACUCAAAAGACUAAACCUCAUAAUAGCAAAUUCAACAUUGUAUUGUGUAUUUUCAUUGUAUAGUAAUAGUUCAAGCGACUGAACUCAAGGUUUAUUUUUUAUUUUUAUUAAACUCUGUGAAUGGAUGAAAUUUGCAAUUGCAA